GUAGAGAAAGAAGCCCUCAACCUUUGUCGUUUGUCUCACGUGAACAUAAUUAAUCUACAUGGUAUUUGUGAAUUGUCGUCCCGUGUCCACUUGCCCGUUCUCGUGAUGGAGUUCGCUCAUGGUGGUCCACUUAACUUUCUACUGCAGGCGCAGCCAUCUCUUGGACCGCGGGUUCUACUAGAUUGGGCCCUUCAAAUUGCGCGUGGCAUGCAUUACUUGCACUCUGAGGCGGGGCUUUGCCAUCGCGAUCUCAAAUCCUCUAAUAGUUAA